CGAUGCCAAGGAGUUGCAGCGCAGUCACGUGGUCGGUGCUGCUGACAGUGUUGGCCCCACUGCGAUGUCACGUCACUGUCUGUGGCCCCCUUCAACCUCAUGCACCAUCACCUACCUCCCUCAUGAUGGCGGGCGGCGCACCAGCAAACGCUGAAUCCCAGGCGCCGCUUGCGGUAAACAACCAACCGUAGUCGUCUCAGCAGUCACCGCCGCAAUCGCAGCCCGCGCCUGUAGUCGACGGGCCGAACUGCCCUGUUCCGACUGCGCUCGCCGGCCCAGAGCCCCGGGUGCCGUCGCGAGUGGACAUCAUAAGACCGACGGCUACGCUCCGAUUUGGGUUACGCACUACUAGAUGGCCGAGGCCGGCUUGCCGCCGGCACCACAGACGGACCCGCGGUUUAUGGCGGCUCCUCGGCCUCGCUACUCAAAAGUUCGUCGCCGAUAUUGCCGUCGAUGCGUACCAGUAGAGCCGCAUCCGCGGCACGAGCAACCCCAGCAACCCCAUAGGCUCACUUAGCGCCGCAGCCGGGUCCCCCAUUCCCAGAUACCAGGCCGGCGGUCAGGGCGGCACCCAGAACAGGACUAUGCUUACUAUAGAGGACCUAGGCAUGACAGUAGGCGAGUACUGUGUCAACGUCAAAAGGGGAGAGUCUUGCCGGUAAAGGAACUAUGCCUCCAGCAUGGCAUAGAUGGGCGCUAGAUACACAUGGAUGGAUGAACGAAGGGGAUCGCGUUCUUAGCAGCAGCCCGGACCACCAGCUACAGCGGCGUUUGAGGUCAUCGUUUGGCCCCUUGCCCUCGAGCCCUCCCUCCGCGGUACCUCGGCGCUACGACUCACUCGAAUGGCCCCGACCGUUCGGAUGACCUACGAAGUUCGGGUUGUGUCGCCUUUGGGCCCCCCAUACCGACAAAUCGUCUAGAGGCUGCCCAAAGCCGCCCGGACCGACGGCUGCAGCACCGGCUGCCAAAGAUUCUCCUCCUCCAGCCGCCCCUGCUGCGGCCAUGCUCCGGGCGGGCGGCACAAUACCACACUCACAGGCAAUCGCUGGCUCAAUUGCGGCCCAGCUCUCUUUAGCGACCAUGGAUCGGAAUGAGCUUCCAUCCGGGCCGCGCAGGGCGGCGUUCGUUCCCGCGGACGGGAAUGCAUCUUCAUCGGUAGAUCUGUCCUGUCUCUACCGCGAGCCAAAAAGAGGCACUGUAUUGCAUAACAACAAAGCAUAGGUACGCCUCCGUUUACGCAACCCUGCUAUGGCAGAACAUAUUUGGCAAAGCGGGGGACGCCUUAAUGUGUUUGAGACAGGUUCCGGAACCGAGAGCCGAGCUCACUGAGACACUGCAACGGCGGGCCGGCCCUAACGGCGACGGACCGGCCUGCAGCCGCCUAACUAGCGCUCUUAAAGUUUGCCCACCCCCCUUGGACACUGAACGGCUUUUACCUUCACCCAGGGCGCUCUGCUGAACGAAGGUACUUUACUGAACGUUCUUUGAAACCGUCUACCAACAAACCCAGGUAGUUCGACAAGGCCCACCACAAUGGCUCCCGUAUCGCGUACCACAACCGCCAUACUACAAAGCAUCGUCCAUCAUGUUUUCCUCCCUCCAAAGUUGCCUUCGGGCGAGGACGAGGGCCUUUGGGUGCCGGCUUUGAUCGAUUUGAUCCUAUCGGCACUGAGCACAUUCCGGGAUCACCAAACUGAUGCGGAUGACGUCGCUUUCGUAACGGCGGCGAUCAGUAGCAUCCGCAACUUUCGGGAGGCACGCAUGGAGUCAGGGGAAAUUUCCGAGCCGGCGUUGCAAAAGAUUCUGGGGGCCCAAACUCUCAUAGGUAGGCGCAAUAUCAUUGCGUUAACAUAAAUCUAAUCCCGGUCGCAGGGACGGUCAUUCCGUUACACGUUGUGGCUCAAAACGCGGGCGUGGUCAUUCGCCCGAUGUCAUCCGGUGUGCGUUUCGAGGUUUUUGAACUAUCGCCAUCGAACGCGGCUGUCUACAGUGGGCCUGGCCGGCUACGACGAUACUUUCCAGAAGAUGCGGUCACCGUACCGCAAGAUGCGUUGAACUGCAUAGAUUUCUGGAACGCCAUGGCCACCACUUUAGCAAGAAUGAGCAGUGAGCCCGUUCGCGAGAUGCAAGCGCGUGCAACCAAAGCCAAUGCUAAGCAGGUGGAAGAGCGAGACACGGUGGAGCCUUUUAUCGUCAAGAACCUGCUCGUGGCUAUCCUAAUAAGUCUCGGCGGCUCACAAGUGUCGGUCUCGGGCUUCUGGAAAAAAACUCGAGAGGAAGUCAUGUGGAGCGACGGCAACAAGCUACCAUGGCGCCGAUCUCCGGUUUGGCUACUUCUCAGGGUUGUUUUGCAACAGGAACUCUCUCCAGCCCACGCCGCCGGAUCUCACGGCCUUUACAAGAGAUACAUGGUCUUCUUAAUGUCGAAAAUUAUGGAGCAGUGCCUCGAUUCUGACAUGCAUUCCGACGCGCUUGCUGUUAUGAGCACCAAAAUCGGCCGCCGUCUGCUCAAGCUCGACACUCAGGAGGAGCCCUGGCUCCUCACCGUGGCCGCGGCGGUUCGACGCGUGAACGAAACCCUCCAACAGCGCUGGCGAGAUACGAUUGCCCAAAACGAGAAAGUCCUUGAUGUUCCCCAGUUUGACCUACACAGGACGAUUUCGGAUCUCACCUCCCAGAUACCGCCGCUGGAUGACUACCUGGAGAGUAUCAUGACCAGAGCACCCAGAGUUGCAACAACGUUCGUUCCACCGUCGCCAGACAUAUGCUCUCUAGAAAAGGACGCACUCCCCCAUUUCUCCUGUUUCAGCGAGGUGCAAUCCGACCCGUAUGCCCUGCACAACAUAGCUUCGUUCGAAAAUUGGGUCGGAGCACACCUCAGCGCUUGGGUUGCCGACCAUGGAGCCUGCAGCGGCGCCGGCGUCAAUAUCCGCGACAUCAUUAAAGAAUACCAUGCCAGGGCCUUGGCUGCGUACCAGGGGCGUCCGGAUGCGCUAUCACGAAUGUUUCUAACCAUCCUAGAGCUCUGGAUUGCAUGCGACAAGACUUCGAUCAUGUCAUGCCCCUUAAUCGCGGACUACGAACCCGAGAUCCCUAUUGAGCCAUUCGGAUCGCUCUUGCUGAAGCUGGCUAGCGACAUGAAGAGGUUGUUCACAGCGGAGACGUAUUUGUCUGAGCGAAAGCGACGUGCGAUAUACAAUCGCUCCGCCCUGUUCAACCAUGGUAAGAGCGAUGACUUCGGUGUCAAGUUCUUCUCUUCGUCAACCUGCCAUCAAACUCUAUUGCGGCGGAUUGAGAAGGAUGCUCGGGACGCGAGAUCCGCCAAACGUACAGAGUUUCAACGGCUUCAGGCGGAGUACGACCGGCUUAUGGACGACUCCAGGCGCUUAGUCUGCCAAUAUUGGACGACCACCGACGAGUGGGGUGAUGAGCAAGUCAUUCAUAAUUGGACCUGUAACAAGUGUGAUCUGGAAACGAGAGCCAAGGCACUGAAGAUACAGGCACAUGAGUGGCCUUUGCCCAGUGAGAGGUCAUUGGCUCAAGCUGUUGUAUUUGAGCUUAGGGUCCCGCAGUCGUUUGGUGCGUGGAGAGACAGCACGCUGUUCGUCCUGCGGACGGUCUUGCAGUUCGGGUCUACUGACCGGACGCCAGACUAUGUGUGCCAGCUGAAGGAUUACAGCGAACUGGGGCACCAUUUCCAGCCACAUUCCCCGACAGUCAAAGUGGAACUCUUUUCGGAAGCAAAACCCCAUGCAAAGACUCAUCGUAAGGAGCAGUUUGUGCGCACCGCCAACGAGAGCAAUGUGUGCCUGGACACUGGACCAAGGUGGAUGCUGCUCAACAGCACGACCGGAGGGUCCUUGGGCCGGCCAAUUUCGUCGCGAUAUAUUUCUGACGUCUGCACGCUACGGCUGGAUGGCCCGUCCCAGCCCCUGCAGUGCUUCCUUUCGAGGCCGUGGGAUGCGCCUGAUGGAACCGACCCAAAUCGUGUCGUCUCCGCACAAAACACAUGCCCUCCGCAUCUAACAACAGAUGAAUUCAAGGCUCUAGCCUCACUGCCAUUAGGACGGUUCAUUGUUUGGCUUAACGUCUUGACGCAAUUAGCCAUGCCCUCCAUCGACCUCAGUAAGGUCGAGACCUUGGCGUUCCUGUGGCAGGUUAGUGAGCAGUGCGGGCCGAGAUCCGCCACUUGGAGAAGAGCAAUACAUGAACGGCUCGAAGACACAGGAUUUCUUCGCCAGUGCCUUGCCAACCUGACUGACUCCUUGGAGAGAUUUAAGGAAAGCUGGGAAUCGCGCCUCGGCCUCGCUACAUUAACUUUACUAGCCACUCGGCUGUUGUCACUCGGCUGCGGCAGUUUAUCUGACCGGUUCCUGGGAUUCCUCGUCUUGAGUCGUGUGGUAAGCUGUGGUUGGCAACGCACUCUGCGACAGAAGGCAACCAUCUCUCAGGACUACAAAACGCGCCUCGACCUGUUUCAGCGGACUCGUGAAGCCGCUUUGGUCUGCCUGCUGUCAUUCGAUGUUGACGAUGAGCACCUGGUAUCGUUGUUAAAUAACCCGGAUACGGCGCGAUUUUACUGGGAAAGCCUCAUCACUUUACGCGAGACUGAGUUUAGCUUCGAUAAGAACAGCGUGGCCCAGUUUCAUCUCGGCUUCCGGUGUCAGCAUUUGAUCUGGCGGUGCCACAGGCUCACACAGACUGCCGUCAUCCUGGAGAGUACCGCCAUUGGCUUCGAUCUGGCCAUCCAAGCUUCGUGGAACAGUUUCCAGCGGGCCAGUGAAUGUCCAUGGCGAACCGUCAAUACCGUUUGGGUUUUCACCGAAACUGUGGCGGCUGUUGAAGGAUGUCCAAGCAUGCUGGUGCAUCUCAAUCUGGUGACGGGCGAGCUGCUGGUGGAUGGGUCGCCGAGAGAUCGGCUCCCGGCCGACUACGAGCGCCACGCGACGUAUAAGGAGCUUUUCGGCCAUGCCGCGUUUGAGGCGAUGCCGAGCCCAGACCCUAAAAUGUCUUUCACAGCCAGCAAGUUGUUCCAAGGGUUUGAGCUCCACUUCAGAAUGGAUGAUAAGGCAAAAGACCUUAUCGUUCGUGCCACGAAGGAUGGGCGAGCGUGGGAGCUGAUCCUAAGACGAAUCUUUCGUGCGGUUCUCCCUUCGCGGUUCGUGGAAGAUUUUUCCCACUGGUAUGAUCCCGCCAACUCAACCAUUUUGCUGCGGCCGCAUGAAUACCUCUGGGACGAACAUAAACCGUGCUGGACAAUGCUGCGCUCUGGGUCCGAAUGGACGGUUAGUGAUGGCACCCAUGUCCGGCUUGUUUUCCCCGACAGCAGCACGUCCAGAGAUCUAGCAGAUAUUUUACAACCUCUUGAGGAAAGCUGGGGCUUAAACAUUCUGUUCAAUGAGCAAUCGUUGAUUCUGAGUGUUCAUAUUCCACGGCUAAACCUGGAUUUCUUUGUGGCUCCCGAGUCUGACAAGAUUCAGUCACGCCAAUACAGCGGGAUGCACAUCGACCGGAACCAAGGGAUCGAGACGCUCGUUGGUCUGGAGAGCAAACUCGUACUCUGUCGCGCCGAGGGCCUCUUGACUUCACGUUUAGUCUUGAUCCCGGACGGCGAACCGAGUAUGUCCCUGAACAAGUUUGCCGGCAUACGAUCACAUCCAUCGGUGAUGAUCGGAUACGAUUCGACGUCUAUCCAGUCGUACUACUUAGAUCAACAUCUUGGGGCCCUUAAGGGAAAUGGCAGCCUCAAAUCGUUGCUGUUCAUUUCGGAACUACAUGCUCUGACAUCUGGCAUCCUCCCGGACCCCUUCACCAGCACCUCGGGGACCGCGGAAGCCUUAAAUAUCUUGAACUCUGCUGCUGUUCGGUCUCUGGAGAUCCGAGAAGCGGAAGCUCCGCUGCUGGAGCGGAUCGCCCGCCUAUCCCCAUCUCGCCAUUUCUACCCCAAGCAUGCCCGCUCGAUGCAUGUCGCAACUUGGAACAAGGUCAUGUCUCCAAUCGCUCAGGCGGAAGCAUUCGCAAUCAUUUGUCAGGAGCUUUAUGACAAUGCUACGGCAAUGCAAUGCUUUCAGCAGGUUCCAGUCCCCAAAGCAGAUCUUAGCAGAGGACACGACGACGACCUCGCUUUGAGAAGCUGCUCCCGCUCUGUAUUCGUCCAUGGACAGGCCAGGGACGCCGUAUCCGACCCUCCUGAUCUCGAUUACGAAAGGGAACCAGAAGAAUCGAAAAAUAUGAAACAGAGAAUGUGGCGUGCCAUUAGCUUUGGGUCUGCAAUGCGUCUACGUGGCGGUGUCCUACCACGAAAGGACUGCGCCAUUACCGCAAUCGGGUUCUACGAGACACUGAAGCGACCCUUCGAGCCUACCCCUGGGGUUGAACCACUGUCCACGACCGAGAUACAAUAUCGCGCAGGGCUCCUGGAGCCCUUCUCAUCCUAUAUUUGGCCAUUAUGGUGCAGCCUCCAUAACAUGCUAGCGAAGACGCCGCACGGGCGCGGGCCAACCGAUCUGACCUGCUGGCUUACCACGCUUGCAUUCGCCAGAGAUGCGGAUUUCUCGUGCCUACAAGCCUUGUUGGCGUUUGCUUCGCUUCCUGCGAUGAGCCAUGUUGAGAUCCCUUCGAAGCGGUCUUACUCUCUCGCCGAAGGCUACAACUAUAACUCCGCCCAAAUCAAGGACUGCAUCAAGGAGUCAAAACAUGGUUUCGAAUCCAGCGCAGAAGCCAUUUCUGCCCGAAGACUUAACGAAACCAACAGACAGGCUAUCAACAGGCGCCGGAAUGCAUAUGACGCACGGAUAACGAGGGAAGCGAACGAAGCUGAAGCAUCCAUCCAGCCCCAGUGGCCUUGCGAGGUACCAGAUACGGCGGCUAUUAAUGCGACCUCCUUCCGGAACCGCGACGCCACGACUGCAGUUACUUGGCGCACUCAAACAUGGUUUCACAAUUUGGAGUUCCUUCAAUAUCUCAGCCGCGUAUGUAAGGUCCUCUACGAAACUGACGUGAUCGAGGUGGACGUUUCGGCUCAGAGCCCAGAUCGCGCAUUUCUCGCGCCCACUGCGGCCUGCCAUAGCGUCGAUAUACAAAAGAUUGUGGAUAGGGCGAGCCCAAUCCCGAAAUCUUCCGACAAUGCUUUGUUCGGUCAUGAAUUCCGAUCUUCUCAUGCUCGGGAAAUGUCACACAACAGCGGGAUUGAACGGCUGAGUAGAUGUUUGAAACUCAAGGCCACUUUCCGACACGAAUUGCGGUACCUCGACCGACUCGACGAGAGCAUCUCAUGCCUGCAAACUUACAACACAACCAUGGGGCAGGGCGACAGUUGCAACAAUCCGGACAAAUUAAAUCUUGAAGACCUUCUCAGGGUAUGUCGCAAACGAUGUGCAGAUACUUUAAAACAGAUUCGCGCCGCUUUACUCCUGGGCACCGGAAGUCUGGCCCCACUCACGCAUGCGCACAUGUCCUGGCAAGUAGCUGCUCAAACUCCAGUCUGGCCCGAUCUGUCCAAGAGAAGUCUCUUGGCUUUGAUGGGCCGGCAGUACUGGCGAGCGAUACCCGCCGGGUGGAGAGAGGCAAUUAUUGCUCUCGGUACAAAUAUAUGCGACCUGCAAGCUGUUGAGCGCCUUUUGGUGGCAAAGAACAACAUGCAAGAUUUUAACAAGGAGCUUGUCGGUCUCGAACCUCGAGGUUGGGACCCGAACGACUAUCCUGACUCUCUCCUUCUCGAAAUUGAAGGGAACAUCCGAAUCCGAGGGAUCCAGGGGAAGAUCGCAGCAGCUAUGCGAAAGCCACCGGAAGAUCGUAGUGCCGUCAUGCAACUGAAUAUGGGAGAGGGGAAGUCUUCAGUCAUCGUGCCCAUCAUCGCUGCGGCCCUUGCCGAUGGCUCACGACUCGUCAGAGUGGUCGUGGCAAAACCCCAGUCACGCCAGAUGCUGGAUGUCUUGGUGUCCAAACUGGGGGGGCUCAUGAACAGGCGGAUAUAUCGAAUGCCAUUUUCCCGGUCCGUUAAGCUCGACGUGCCGCAGGUACAUAGUCUCAUCGAGAUGUAUCAACGUUGCGUGUCCGACGGUGGCGUCAUGGUCGUACAACCCGAGCAUGCACUAUCUUUCCAGCUCCUAACUGUGGAGACGGCAAUCCGGGGAGAGGAAGCUUUAGCUGGACACUUGUGGCGCCUGCACAAAAUGCUCAAUCUGAAGGCACGAGACAUCGUCGAUGAGAGCGACGAGAAUUUUUCAACGAAGUUUGAGCUUAUCUACACCAUUGGCGACCAGCGCACAGUCGAACACGGCCCAGAGCGAUGGCUUAUAAUUCAGCGGGUUCUCGGAAUCAUACUCAGUUACUCGCGUCAGGCCAAGGCCGAGUCUGUUCAAGGAGUGGAGUUUGACGAGGAAUCCCGAAAUUCCUUCCCACUUACACGAUUCCUCAGCAUUGAAGCCGGCGAAAGCAUCCUCCAGCAGAGCGUUGCUGCGAUUUGCAAACUUGGCUUCCAGAACUUCCCAAUUGCACGGCAGAAUGAAAAUAUGAGAUCUUGGCUCCAAGAUUACAUUUCAGACCCUGACCCCUCAAUCGAGACGUCGAAGGCGGUGGAAAGCGAAGAAUUUUGGGCACAGUUCAAGAACAACAUUCUUCUGCUUCGCGGGCUAUUCGCCGGCGGAAUCCUGAGAUUUGUAUUCGGCCAAAAGCGAUGGCGCGUGAACUACGGGCUUGAUCCGGCACGGAAACCUAGCACAAGACUGGCGGUCCCUUACCGUGCCAAAGAUAGUCCGAGCCUUCGCUCCGAGUUCAGCCACCCAGAUGUCGUCGUCUGCCUCACUUGCCUUUCGUACUAUUAUGGCGGAUUGGGCAACGAAGACCUAACUAUUUCCUUGGAUCUCCUCCUCAGGUCAGAUCAGGCGGAUUCGGAGUAUAAAGAAUGGGUCACGACCAGUGACAACCUUCGGGAAUCGUUCCAUCACCCAAAAAGCAUCAAUCUCAGGGAUCGGGAACAAUGCUUCAAAGAUGUUUUCCCGUCUUUCAGGCACGCAAAAGGUGCCGUGGAUUACUUUCUCUCUCAUUUCGUCUUCCCAGUGGAGAUGAAGGAAUUCCCGCACAAGCUGUCGGCCAGCGGCUGGGACCUCGCAGCUCCAAGGCAGCACCCGCUGACCGGCUUCAGUGGGACGAACGAUUCGCAGCAUAUACUCCCCGCCACGGUCGUACAACUCGAACUACCAAGCCAGAAGCACACCAACGCUUUGGUCUUGGAGCACCUUCUACGUCCAGAAAAUGCAGUGGUGUCUUUACACAAAGAGGGUUUACGGGGCAUCUGCAGAGGUCAGGCACUGUUGCAGCUCAUAGUGAAGAUGAUCCCCGAAGUUCGGGUCGUCCUAGACGUCGGUGCUCUUGUACUUGACAUGACAAACGAGCAGUUUGCACGCGAGUGGCUGAAGUCUACAUACGACCGGGACGACAUUGAAGCUGUUGUCUUCUGCAGUAGCGACGAUGAUAUCUGUGUCUUGGACCGCCGUUGGCAGAUUGAGCUGCUCGCCGUCUCUCCGUUCGCGGGGCGUCUAGAUCGCUGCGUUGUCUUCCUCGACGAAGCACACACAAGAGGGAUUGACCUCCGUCUACCUUCUGACUACCGAGCCGCAGUAAGUUUAGGCGCGGAUCUGACAAAGGACCGUCUCAUUCAAGCCUGCAUGCGCAUGCGAAAGCUCGGCGUCGGCCAAUCCGUCGUUUUCUGUGUACCAGAAGAGAUCGAAAUAAAGAUAAGAAACAUGGCCGCUGGUGCCAAAGACGGCCCGAUAACCGUUGGAAAUGUCCUGGAGUGGGCCAUCCAAGGCACUUGGGCCGACACCAGUCGGUCGAUGCCUUUAUGGGCUACUCAGGGCAGGACUUUCGCGAGAAACAAGGUUCUCUGGGAGCGCAUUGAGUUUGGGGAUGGAGGACCCUUACUCCAUGGUAAUAUCGCAAAGGCUUUUCUGGAGGACGAGGCGCAGAGUCUCGAGGUACGAUAUCGCCCAAACCACACCGGCUUCCAGCACACAUCGGAGGAUUUCGACUUUCCCGCCGACCAAGCCAUUCUCGAUCAAGUCGUUGAAAGAUGCGAGCUUUAUGGGGAAAUGGAACUUUCCUCUAGUAGACUCAGAGAGGAGCAAGAACGCGAGCUCGCGCCUGAGAUCGAACAAGAACGACAGCUCGAGCGGCCCGCCCCUGCCACUCCCGCAGAGCAUUCCGUCCAUGCUGACGUCCGCGAGUUCGUCAAGACUGGUCUUAUCAAUGAAGCCACAAGAGAUGAUGCCUUUGCACUGGCUUUUGAUGUUCUCAAGAAAACAAGCGCAUCCGCGUAUCUGGACCUCGAUCUCUUCCCUCAAACACUACUGGUCACCAGAGACUUUGAAAGAACGGUCAUUCUCACGCGAACUGCUGAUGUCUGCAUCGACAGCUACCUUCGGCCAGUGCAAUGGAUCCUCAGCAACGGGCAAGAGUACGGGGAAAAGACGACCUUUGUUAUUCUCAGCCCAUACGAGGCGAACGAACUCAUCCCAGAGAUAGAGACGUCCCAGGCUGUGAUCCUCCACCUCUUCUCCCCGCGAACAAAUCAGGCGCUCAGACCACUCGACUGCUUAAAUUUAUACACAAUACCACGCGCUCCCUUUCAACCAAUCCCGAUGCGUAUCAGAAUUGAGUUGCUACUGUUUUCUGGACAACAUUACUUCGCAUCCUACGAGCAGUAUGUUCGUGUCUGCGAGUUCUUGUGCUUGGCGCAUGAGGCAACGUCGGAGGACCGCCUGGUCCAGCCAGAUGGGUUCAUUGAACCAGCGCAUCACCCCCAAAGUCGCGACGUCUCCGGUAUAUUCAAGCAGAGCCCCGUCAAAUUCUUGAAGGCAUUAAUGACACAAGUCUUGAGAUCGGGUCGGGGUAUAGACAAAACGCACUUGGGUAGACUGUUAGAAGGAGUGCUACUGACUCGCGAAGACUUCACGUCGUAAAGGUGGCCAAGGGACCGGAUGAAGCCAGUAUUAAGCCUGAUCAUGGUUCCCGUCUCCGCCCCCGAGACUUCGACGUUGGCUUUUGUAGGCCAUGCCUGGGGUCGCUAGAGGCGCCAAACACUCUACCAUCGCAUGUCCUUCUCGCUGUGGGUGGUGACUCGUCCUGUGCAAGACUGGCUCUGUUGUUCGGGAUUCCUCUUCUGCAUGGCCUUGUCAGCGACAGGCUCACGUGCGUUUGCACGGUACCUGAGCGGCAAUGAUGCCGUAGCCGAAGUGACAGAGCAUACGCGGCGUUCCAUGGACUGGUAUUACGCUUUGUACGCCGUGUCAAUGCAACCGGCUAGGUCAAUGCCAUCAACAUUACUCGUUAUGCUUCAAAGAGCGCACAUCACAUGGGCACAACAGCCCCGACGCCCCUCACCACACCCUGCAGUCUACUGUUGCACUUGCUCGACUUCUCGCCAUAGUCGACCUUAGGGCAGCUUCCUGAUGGACCGCCGCGCUUCGCCGAACCCGACGCCGUCAUCGUGUAGGGGCGACUCCACACGUGUCUCCAUAGACAAGAUAUAAGGGACAGGACAACAUCCAACAAUGUCUCGACCUACGACGAACAAUGAUCAUAUGCCACGCCAAUUCUUCUCCGCCCGAUUCGUGAUACCGUCAUACUCCGCGUGUCUCCCAAUGGUGCCUCCAACAACACCGAGACCAUCACCCACUUUUCACGGUAACUAACAAUUGCCCAGUGUCUCAACGGCCACAGAGCAUCCAGGCCACCCACAUUCUCGCUCUGUUAUUUAGAAUUUGGUGCUCUCUGGUGAUGGUGUUCCUUGGUGCCAAUUGCUCGAGCAUCAGUCACGCCCUCACGGCCUUGAGGCUCAAUCACGUAGUCAGUGCUGCA